GCGUAUUCUGUGAACCUUUUCUCUGUGGGCCUUCUCUAUAUCUCUAUGACUCUAUCUACGCUCAUGGCUGAUCUGAUCAUUAUCCAUUGUUGGGUCGCUCCAAAAGCUAUGAAAAGCUGAGAUCUUUAGGCUGUGUUGUGCUCAUUUUAAGUAUUGUUUUGGUAGCUGUGUGGUAAUUCAACAUUGAUCUGGAGAGAAUCCAUGGGUGAAUCAAUGGUGGAGGCACCAAUUGUUGAAAAUAAGAUGGGAGAGUCAAUUGUCUCUGGUGGGACUCUUGAAGUAUCGGUUUCGUUCGGUAGGUUUGAGAAUGAUUCACUUUCUUGGGAGAAAUGGUCAUCUUUCUCGCCAAAUAAAUACUUGGAAGAAGUUGAGAAGUGUUCGACACCAGGAUCGGUUGCUCAGAAAAAGGCUUAUUUUGAAGCCCACUACAAAAAGAUUGCUGCUCGGAAGGCCGAGCUAUUAGAUCAGCCUUCUGAGCAGCAAGAUCAGGAAAAGAAAAUAGAAACUGAACCUGAACCUUCAAGGUCAGGUGAUCCAAAUUGCAAAGAUGAUAUGGAAAAUAUUUAUGGGACUGAUACUGAAUUCAGUGUAUCCAAUGGUCCAAGCCCUGCUGAAGAAAUUGGGCAAUACACCGAUUCAGUCAGUGUGGUUAGUUGCAUUAAUGUUGAUGAGCCUAAAGAGGAUUUUGUUAUUGCUUUAGAGUGUCAAAAUUUAUUGAUUGAGGAAGCUAAGGAAGAAUUGGAUGGCAAAGUGGAUGGUGAUGCAUUAAGUGGUCCAGAAGAAGGGGCUUUGGAUAAAGAAGAGACCUUUCCAAAUGGAUCUCUGGAUGUGUUGGUGUUGGAACAGCCUCCAGAAGUGGACAAAGUGACAGUACACAGGCAGGAGGAUAAAGUGGAGGAUUCAAAAUUGGAUGCACAGAAUACAUCUCAAAAGAUUGCUUCGAUAAAAAGGGAGCUGAAUUUGGCGGGGACAAAGAAGAAACCACUGUCACCUGUAACCAAACCACGACAACUUUCCACCCCUAAAGUAUCAAAGCCGAUGCCAACUUCCCCUGCGACGCCUGCAUCUCGGUCUUCAACAAAGAAGGCAAAUGGUUUGUUAUUACCUAGGAGCAAGAAUCCUUCUAUGCGAGAAAGCAAGAGAGCUGCUCCUACAUCCCUUCACAUGUCUCUCAGUUUGGGUCCCACAAAUUCUGAUUCAGUUUCUCUUAGUACAACCAGAAAGUCUUUAAUCAUGGAGAAAAUGGGGGACAAGGACAUUGUCAAGCGAGCAUUUAAGACAUUCCAAAAUAAUCUCAACCAAUUAAGAUCUUCCAGUGAUGAAAAAUCUUGUCGGCCAAAACAGGUAUCAACAGGGGGGUCACAGCAAAAGGUUUCUGGUUCCAUCACUCCUCGAAAAGAGAAUUCAGGAAUGAGGAAGGCAGCAGAGAAUAUGAAUGCUCAUAGAGGUUUUAUUGGCACAAGGACGAACUCUAUCUCCUCAGCAUCACCAAAAGCAGUUCAUGUAAAUGGAAGAAAUGAGAAGGCUGCCUCAUCUCCUAUUGCCUUCAGAGGUAAUGAAAGAGCAGAAAAACAAAAAGAGUUUCUCAAGAAGCUGGAGGUAAAAUCUUAUGCUCAAGAAUCCGCAAAAACACGUCUUAGUUCCAAAAUGAAGGAGGAAAAGGAGGCCGAAAUUAAAAAGCUUAGACAGAGCCUCAAUUUCAAAGCCACACCUUUGCCAGGUUUUUACCGGGGACAAGGGAUGUCAAAGAGUUGUUUAGAAAAGGAUGGUGCCAAAAAUGAGGUUCGUCAUUGAGCUGGGUCGCAUAGGUGGAAGGUUCAUGCAGGACAUACCCAUGUUUUGUGAAUCACUAGCUUUGAUCAUAGAUUGGACUUUGGGCAGAAAUACUAUCUUCGGCGAAGAACACAAGUGGACAAUGGACACUAGUUUCUUUUCAGUAAGCACCAUACUGUAACAUAUUGCUCAGCCAAGAGGGAGAAGAUUGAUGACUUGCAGGCAAUGUUUCCCAGAUGCCAAAGCAGACAAAACCUGUAUGGUCUAUCCUGUUAUUCUGCUGGAUUCUCUAUCAUAUGAAGGAUUUAAAAUAAGAGGUUGCUGCAUUUUGCCAUCAAACACCGCAGACUCCUCUGCUGUUCCCCCUCCCUCUCCAUGGUCAUAUUAUACUUACAGAAAUGAAGAGUCAUAGUCACGUCUGUGCAGUAUAUGGACAUCGGUUAGACAAGAUCAAUGGCAUGAAAUUAAAUUCCUAUCAUUACUUGUUGACAUGUUAGAUUUUAGACUUGGUUCUUUUUAAGAUAUAUAUGAUGCUCUUGAGUUUUAAAUCAACAAAAGGAG